CGGCAAAGCCGGCGCGCUCCCGGCUGGGGGUGGAGGGAGGGGGCCUGCGGGCCGGAACAGCCACGGCAAGUAGCGGCGGCGGCGGCGGAGGCAGCUGAGGCGGCGGCGGAGACCGGGGGUCCGGGCGGCGGCGGCGGGCCGAGGAGCCGGGCGCGAUGGAGCGGAAGAGUUUGAAGAACUGCUGGGCUGUUUCCACAAUGGCUGCGGGCUAGGCGUUGACUACACUGUGCAGUGGCCCUGUGGGUGGGCAUCGUGUGCUAGAGGGCUGAGCAGCAUGCAGAGCUUCACAGCCAGCCCAAGCGGGAAGAAGUUCCGGAGCAAGCCCCAGCUGGCACGGUACCUGGGCGGCUCCAUGGACCUGAGCACCUUCGACUACCGGACGGGCAAGAUGUUGAUGAGCAAGAUGAACAAGAGCCGGCAGCGGGUGCGCUACGACUCGUCCAACCAGGUCAAGGGCAAGCCUGACCUGAAUACGGCCCUCCCCGUCAGGCAGACGGCUUCUAUCUUCAAGCAGCCAGUGACAAAGAUCACCAACCACCCCAGCAACAAGGUGAAGAGUGACCCCCAGAAGGCCGUGGAGCAGCCCCGGCAGCUCUUCUGGGAGAAGAAGCUGAGCGGCCUGAAUGCCUUUGACAUCGCUGAGGAGCUCGUGAAGACCAUGGACCUCCCCAAGGGCCUGCAAGGUGUGGGUCCCGGCUGCACAGAUGAGACCCUGCUCUCGGCCAUUGCCAGUGCCCUGCACACCAGCACCAUGCCCAUCACUGGGCAGCUCUCGGCCGCCGUGGAGAAGAACCCCGGAGUGUGGCUCAACACGGCCCAGCCCCUCUGCAAGGCUUUCAUGGUGACCGACGAAGACAUCAGGAAGCAGGAGGAGCUGGUGCAGCAGGUCCGCAAGCGGCUGGAGGAGGCACUGAUGGCUGACAUGCUGGCCCACGUGGAGGAGCUGGCACGGGACGGCGAGGUGCCAUUGGACAAGCCAGGUGCCGAUGAGGACGAGGACGAGGACGAGGAGGAGGAGCCCGACCAGGAUCAGGACAUGGAGCACAUCUAGAGCACGUGCAGCCAGCGGGCAGACCCCGGCCACAGGAUGCAUUUGGGCAGUGACCACAGGGAGAGGGAUGGUCCCCGAGUCCUUGGGACCUGCCCCGCUCCGGGUGGAGGCUGUGCUGGGAGAGCUCCUGUCUCCCUGGAGGAAAGAGCUCAGGGUGGUCUGGCCCUCACUGGGGCACUCAUGGCCCCUCCUUGUCUUUCCAGAGGCCCUUUGUGGGGUGCCUGCAGACUCGGCCCUAGCAGUUUAGGGACUAGGCUGGGGAGGAAGGUGGCCCCCCUCCCCUCCCAAGCCUGUCCCCUCUCCCAGGAACAGGGGCACUUCGGGGGCAUGGCUGGAGGAUAGCCCCCGCCCACCUGACACCCCACAUUGGCUAUUCUCUGAAGGGUCCAGCGUCUAGAAGUGCCAGGCUGGGCCAGCUGGGCCUGGGCCAGCUGUGCCUCUGUACUCGCUGUCACUGCCCUCAGCUCCCCACACAGGGCAGCCUACACAGUUCCCCAUGGGUCAGAGAAACGUUCUUCAGCAGUCUUGCCUCCGUCUGCAUGUGAGGGACAGUCCUCUGAGCCAGCCUGUCGGUCCUGCUGGAAGGGGGUGCAGGGCAAUGCCCCUUGUGCCCAUCCAGCCGGGUGAAGCCAUGAUGCUCAGAGCGUGUCCAAAAGCAAGCGGCACAAUCCAGACAUUUUUCCUUCAAUAAAUCAGUGGUACAAACAAGGCUGGACAUCCCCUACCUGCUUAACCUUUUGUGUUGCUGCACGUGGACGUGAACUCUGGCCUUCACAUUUGAAAACCUGUCAGCAGCCUGGCAGGCUCUGCCUCAGCUUCAGCCACCUGUGACGGAGAAGGACAUGGACUGCUCACAACCGGGAGCACAUCAGGGCCAACCUCUGUGCCUGUUUCCCCUUGUAUAACAGAGAUGGUGAUGUCCAGGCUCCUUUGGGUUCCUCAUCUCGAGGUGCCUUGUAUGGCUAAGCAUUUCCAAGUUCCCAUGCUCAGAACAGCAGCCUCCUGGGAGCACUGGGGACAAAGGUUGUCAGAACCUUUCACCUCACCUGUCCCCUGCAGACCGGGUACCUUGGGCAAGGGGUGCCACCCUGUCCCAGCUGUUGUAACUAGCAGCCUGUGACUCCAGACACUUUCGGCAAUCAGGCUGCAGGUAGACAUCCAGAUGGGUGGGGGUGGCAUGAGCCCUUCGGAGCUCAGAAGGGUUGCUGCCAGCUCGCUCCCCGAAGGACGCUGGCACAAGCCAUUGAACUGACCACAUCUUUCCAAGUCAAGUUGAAGCACAAAUCCUGAGAACCAAGAAGGCUGUCUGAGCACACCUGGCAAUCCCUGUGCUGCCCUAUGGGCCUUGGUGCCUGGGCCAGGCCACCACAGUUCCCAGGAAGGUACCUCCCGAGGCCAGAGCUUCACUCUGGGAGGGAAAACCCUGGGUGGAGGACUGACUUCUGCCAGCAGAGGGUCUGGGUGGAGGGGCUGCAGGGAGACUGCUGUAGGCAACGACUGAAUAAAGCCAUCUCAGGCGAGCGUG